CCGAGACACGAAGGGAGAGCGCGGCGAGAACCGGCCUGGAGCCGGAGCCCGUCAGGCACCUGCUCCUCCGCCCAAGCGGAUCGGCGCCCGCUUAGUGGCCCGCGGCCCCGAUCGGGGCCCAGUCCCUUCCCGGGCCCUCCAUGGCCCGGGCCGCAGCCCUCCCGCCGUCGAAAUCGUCGCCGACGCUGCUGCCGACGCUGCUGCUGCUGCUGUUUUGGAAAGCUGGAGCCCAGGAUGUGCGUGUCCGAGUGCUGCCCGAGGUCCGAGGCCGCCUGGGCAGCACCGUGGAGCUGCCGUGCCAUCUGCUGCCGCCGGCCCCGGACAUACGCAUCUCGCAGGUGACCUGGCAGCGCCUGGAUGCUGCCGGGGGUACCCCAAACGUAGCCGUAUACCACCCGUCCUACGGCCCCAGCUUCCCCAGCCCCAAGCCAGGCAAGAAGCGGCUGUCCUUCACCGCCGUCGGGAAGGGCCCAGAGAAGAAGCUGCAGGACGCCACGCUGGCCUUCGAGGGGCUGACCGUGGAAGACGAGGGGAACUACACUUGUGACUUCGCCACCUUCCCCAAUGGCACCAUCCGCGGGGUGACCUGGCUCAGAGUGAUUGCCUCGCCCAGGAGCCACGCCGAAGCCCAGGAGGUCACCCUCAGCCAGGAGCCCGUGCCCGUGGCGCGCUGCCUCUCCAGCGAUGGCCGCCCACCCGCCCGCAUCUUCUGGUCGUCGCCCGUGGGCGGGGACGCCACCGAGAGCCAGCUGCCAGGGUCCGUGCCUGGCACUUUCACCGUCAUCAGCCGCCUCACCCUGGUGCCCUCGACCGGAGUGGACGGCACGAAGGUCACCUGCAAAGUGGAGCACGAGACCUUCCAAGAGCCCAGCCUGCUGCCCGUGACCCUCACCGUGCACUACCCCCCAGAGGUCUCCAUCUCGGGCUAUGACGACAACUGGUACCUGGGGCGCAGUGAGGUCGCCCUGAACUGUGAUGCCCGCAGCAACCCGGAGCCCACGAGCUACGACUGGAGCACGACGUCGGGCACCUUCCCCACCUCCGUGCUCACCCGGGGCCCCCAGCUGCUCAUCCACUCGGUGGACAGAAUGCUGAACACCACCUUCGUCUGCGUGGUCACCAACGCGGUGGGCACGGGCCGCGCCGAGCAGAUCAUCCUCGUCCGAGAGACCCCCAGCACAGCUGGCGCAGGGGCCACCGGUGGCAUCAUUGGGGGCAUCAUCGCCACCAUCAUCGCGACGGCCGUGGUCGCCACGGGCAUCCUCAUCUGCAGGCAACAGCAGAAGGAGCAGAGGCUGCAGGGGGCAGAGGAGGAGGAGGACCUGGAGGGCCCGCCAUCAUACAACCCCCCGAGCCCGAAGUCAAAAACAGAAGAGCCAGAGAAGCCCUCCCAGCUCUUCACCCUGGGGGCCUCCGAGCACAGCCCCCUCAAGACCCCCUACUUUGAUGCUGGUGUCUCGUGUGCCGAGCAGGAAAUGCCUCGAUACCAUGAGCUGCCCACCCUGGAAGAGCGCUCCGGGCCUCUGCUCCUGGGGGCCACCGGCCAGGCACCCCCCAUCAUGGUGUCCACAGUGCCAGUCACCGUGGAAGGGGUCUCCCUGGAACUGGAAGAUGAAGAGGAGGAAGAGGAAUACAUGGACAAGAUGAACCCCGUUUAUGAUGCCCUGUCCUAUGGGAGCCCCUCCGAGUCCUACCUGGGCAAAGGCUUCGUCAUGUCCCGGGCCAUGUAUGUCUGACUUCUGGGCUCCCUGACCUUGGCCUCUGGCCAGACCACUGUCAGUUAUCACACAUGCAUCCCCAUCGGUGACUUCUACCUUGGUGGUCCUGCUGGGACCUGCAGCUCCGAGAGACCAGGUUUCCCUUGGCACCUUAUUUCCAGAGGUCACAGGGACCCGUUUCCAUACAACCUCUGACCCCAAGGUUCCUCUCAAGACUAGAGCAUCCCCCGAUGCCUCCACUGACAUCUCCAAUCCUCCUCCUCCCCCCUCCCAAAGAAGACCCCAGACCUCUGAUUUGUCCUCAAGCACAGGAAAUGACCCCCAGCUCUGCCAGCCAGGGUGGGCCCGGUGAGGCUCCCUGCUGCUCCGACUUGAGCCCUCUGGGCAGCAGACCCCCUCCCUCACCCUCUUCUGCAGGGACAAAGGGAUUCCCUAGCCCAAGCCAGAGCUCUCUAGCUCCUCCCUCCUGCAAGCAGGAGUCUCAGGGUCUAGACCCUUCCUACUGCCCUGAGUCGGAUCCCACUUGAUGGUGCCUACCAACAGAGAAGACACCAUUCCCAUGUGUGCGUGGUGGGGAAGCAGGGCUUAGAGCCCCAGCCCAGGGCUAGACAGGCAGCCCCAGCUGGAAGUGCCUUGAGGGAACCAGCCGUAAGUGAAGAACUUGCUGUUACCUUGAAGACUACUGAGCCCUCCUCCCCUGCCCCCUUGUGAUGGGGACCUGGGGACCCAAGCAUGCCCCCCCCCUCAGAGCAGAGUGGUGACCUGGCUUGGGGGGUAGGGGACCUGUUACUGUUUUGUACACUAACAUUUCCUACCAAAUAAGAGUUUAUACUUUGA